UGCGGGAGCGAGGGCGGGGAUAGGAGGCGGAGGAGAAGGAGGAGGGAGGGGAGAGGGAGGUGGCCGAGUCGGAGUGCACUGAGGCUCUGAGCUGCCAACACUCACACAUCGCCUGCUGUCGCAGCCUCAUUGCUCCCGGAUUCCGGAGAGGGAGCGAGUGGAGGUGAAGAAAAGCCAGACGCGGUAGAGGAGGCACCACACCGCUGGCAGGGGGAAGGAAGUCAGAGAGGAGGGAAGCGUAGAGGGAGGGAGAAGGAGCCCUCCUCCCCGCGGAGAGACGACUUCCCAUGUAGCUAGGGAUAGAGGGAGAAGCUGGCGCUCAGGAACAGUGAGAGAAGCUCUCACCAGCCAAGUUACUUAAUCCCCGGAGAGCGGCGGGAAGAGGACACAGCAGCAAUCACUGAUCAGAACCACUGUUCCUAAACCCCUCAUCAUUUAACCCCCGAGCGGUUCAAUGCACUACUCCAAGCUCUUCCUAGUUUCUUCCUCGGGCUAACUUCGGAGGACGUACCGCCGGAGCGGCCCGGAGGGGAGGACAAGGGCCUCGGAAGAAGGAAGGAGAAGUUUUGUGGGGGUUGCUUGCGGAGGAGAAGAUGGGCUGGAAGCGCCGCUCUUGCUGGGGAGGCGGAGGCGGCGGGGACCUUCUCUGUCGGCUCACCCUGGUGCUGGGGUUCCUGCUGCCCGCCUGCAGGACGCGCCUCUACACCAACCACUGGGCUGUGCGGAUAACCGGGGGGCUCCCGGAGGCCAACAGGAUAGCGAGCAAAUACGGAUACGUCAAUAUAGGACAGAUUGGAACAUUGAAGGACUACUACCACUUCUACCAUAGUAAAACAAUUAAAAGGUCUGUUCUCUCAAGUAGAGGUACCCACAGCUUCAUUUCAAUGGAACCAAAGGUGGAGUGGAUACAACAGCAGGUGGUUAAAAGAAGGAUAAAGAGGGAUUAUAAACCUGGUGGUACCCAAUCCACUUAUUUUAAUGAUCCCAAGUGGCCAAGCAUGUGGUACAUGCACUGCAGUGACAACACCCACCAUUGCCAAUCAGAUAUGAAUAUAGUAGGUGCUUGGAAGAGAGGUUACACUGGAAAGAAUGUUGUGGUCACCAUCCUUGAUGACGGCAUUGAAAGAAACCACCCAGACUUGAUGCAGAAUUAUGAUUCACAGGCCAGUUUUGAUGUAAAUGGAAAUGAUUUCGACCCUAUGCCUCGAUAUGAUGCCAGCAACGAGAACAAGCAUGGAACCCGUUGUGCUGGAGAAGUGGCGGCCACGGCAAACAACUCACACUGCACAGUAGGAAUCGCCUUUAAUGCCAAGAUUGGAGGUGUACGGAUGCUGGAUGGAGAUGUAACAGAUAUGGUAGAGGCAAAGUCUCUAAGCCUUAACCCCCAGCACAUCCACAUUUACAGUGCCAGCUGGGGGCCUGAUGACGAUGGUAAGACUGUGGAUGGACCUGCUUCUCUCGCACGUCAGGCCUUUGAGAACGGCAUCAGAAUGGGACGAAGAGGCUUAGGUUCAGUCUUUGUUUGGGCAUCUGGAAAUGGUGGAAGAAGUCGAGACCACUGCUCCUGUGAUGGCUACACCAAUAGCAUCUACACUAUCUCCAUAAGCAGCACAGCUGAAAGUGGGAAAAAGCCAUGGUAUCUGGAAGAAUGUGCAUCCACACUAGCUACAACAUACAGCAGUGGAGAAUCCUAUGACAGGAAAAUAAUUACUACGGACCUGAGGCAGCGUUGCACAGACAGCCAUACUGGAACCUCAGCCUCUGCACCUAUGGCUGCAGGCAUCAUUGCCCUGGCACUGGAAGCAAAUCCAUUUCUGACCUGGAGAGACGUACAGCACAUUAUUGUCAGGACUUCACGUGCAGGACAUCUGAAUGCUAAUGACUGGAAAACCAAUGCAGCUGGUUAUAAGGUGAGCCACCUUUAUGGAUUUGGACUGAUGGAUGCUGAAGCAAUGGUGACAGAAGCAGAAAAGUGGACAACGGUGCCUCCACAGCAUGUGUGUGUGGAAAACACAGAUCGGCAAAUCAAAACAAUACGACCUGACAGCAUUGUCCGUUCAAUUUACAAAGCCACUGGCUGUUCAGAUAAUCCUAACCACCAUGUGAUCUACUUAGAGCAUGUUGUUGUGCGUAUCACCAUUACUCACCCUCGACGUGGAGACUUGGCAAUUUACCUAACCUCUCCUUCUGGAACUAGGUCACAACUCUUGGCCAACAGGCUAUUUGAUCAUUCCAUGGAAGGAUUCAAAAACUGGGAGUUUAUGACUACUCACUGCUGGAGUGAAAAAGCAGCAGGUGAUUGGAUCUUGGAAAUCUGUGACACUCCAUCUCAACUGAGAAAUUUCAAGACUCCAGGCAAAUUGAAAGAGUGGUCCUUAGUACUGUAUGGAACAUCCAUCCAACCUUACUCACCAAGAAAUGAUUUUUCCAAAGUGGAAAGAGUGCGCUCUAGUCCAGUUGAAGACCCUACAGAAGAUUAUACAACGGAUGACUAUUCAGGUCCCUGUAAUGCAGAAUGCAGUAAAGUAGGGUGUGAUGGGCCAGGACCAGAUCAUUGUACUGACUGUCUGCACUAUUACUACAAAUCUAAAAACAACACAAGGAUCUGUGUUUCGACCUGCCCACCUGGUCACUACAAUGCAGACAAGAAACGAUGUAAAAAAUGUUCACCCAAUUGUGAAACCUGUGUUGGAGGCCAUAAUGACCAGUGCAUGACCUGUAAAUCUGGCUACUACCUGAAUGAAGUAACCAAUAGCUGUAUUACCAGCUGCCCUGAUGGGUUUUACCUGGAUAAGAAUAAGAUUGUUUGUCGAAAAUGUAGUGAAAACUGCAAAACCUGUGUUGAAUUCCAAACCUGCACGGAAUGCAGACAUGGCCUAAGUUUGCAUGGCACCAGAUGUGCUAUCCGCUGUGAAGAAGGAAAAUACCAUAAUGGCAGAGAAUGUGAACCAUGCCACCGUUCCUGUGCAACGUGUGCAGGUGCUGGAGUAGAUGCCUGUAUAAAUUGCACACAGGGUUACUUUAUGGAAGAUGGAAGAUGUGUGCAGUCCUGCAGUAGUGGUUAUUACCUUGAUCACUCCACUGAAAGUGGAUACAAAAGCUGCAAAAGGUGCGAUGCCAGCUGUUUGGAUUGCAGUGGCCAAGGAGACAGAAACUGUACGAGCUGUCCAAAUGGCUAUAACCUAGACACUGGUGUCUGUGUCAUUGGAACAGUAUGCAAGGAUGGGGAAUAUCUUGAUGAUUCCCAAGAAUGCCAGUUGUGUGAUAUAUCCUGUCAGAAAUGCAUUGGACCUAAGUCAGACAAUUGCAUCAGCUGUCCACCCACAAGAUUCUUUGAUGAUGGCUGCUGUGUUAAGCAAUGCCCCGGAGGAAAGUUUGAAUUCGAACAGCAGUGUCACUUGUGCCAUCAUACCUGCCUGAACUGCAGUGGAAGUGAGCCUAACAAAUGCACCACUUGUGGAACAGACAGAAGAGGGGUGGAACGUUUCCUGUAUCAUGGGGAGUGCAGAGACCACUGUCCUCCAGGUCACUACCACUUGGAGCACACCUGUGUGCCUUGCCCUGGCCACUGUGAGGUGUGCCUGAACUCCAGCCACUGCAAAAGAUGUUUCAGAGGCUACUACCUUACUCAAAAUGUGUGUAAGAAGCAUAGCUGUAGAGAAGGUGAAGUGGAAGAUCCUGACUCUGAAGACUGCGCACCAUGUUCAGAUGGAUGCCAGAACUGCAAACAGGAUGAUCCAAGAAUCUGUAUAACAUGCAUUCAAAACCAUUAUAUGUAUAAGCAGCAUUGCUACAAAUACUGUCCAGAAAAUACCUACAGAGAUGGAAGUUCUUGGCAGUGUCGAGACUGUCCUAACAACUGUGAUAGUUGUGACAAGGAUGGGUGUGACUCAUGUGAGGAAGGCUUUUAUCUCUCAGAUGGCACCUGUGUGACUGAGUGUGGAGAUGGCUUCUUCCCUGAUGACAUCUCCAGAGAAUGCGAGCCUUGCCACAGGAGCUGUGCAACCUGUGCUGGGCACAGUUACAAGAGCUGUACUGCAUGCAGAAACAGUUUCCAGCUGUCUCAGGGCCAAUGCCUGAAACCAAGAAAUUCUGUACCAGCUGGGAAGUUCUGGAGUCAUGGAAAUAGAAAAUUGCUGUCCUGUGACUCUCCAUGUAUGACCUGUGAGAAGUCUGCUAAUGUGUGUACUUCGUGUCCAGAAGAAAAAUUUCUUAUCCAUGAUACUUGUGUUUCUUCGUGCCCUCCAAAAUACUUUGGAAACGUUGCAAGUGGAAAGUGCGAGAUGUGUGGGGAUGGCUGUGAGGUGUGCUCUGACCAGUGGCACUGUCAGAAGUGUCAGGCUGAACAGAAGCAGCUACUUUUCCUUCACAAAGGCAGAUGUUUACAGGAGUGCCCUAAGGGAUAUUUUAAUGAUUCUGAGACUUGUAAGGAAUGCAGUGGAUCCUGUAAGACAUGCAUGGGAAAUGCAACUCAAUGUCUAUCCUGUAAAAGUCCUUUUCUUCUGGAGCAUGGGAAAUGUAAAUCUACUUGUUCAGAGAAGCAUUCUGCCUUUGAAGGAAUCUGCAAACGUUGUCCUCAACUGUGUCAGGAAUGCAUUCACGAUGAAAUAUGCACAGAGUGUAUGGAUGAGUUUUUCCUGCAUGAGGGGAAGUGUGUUCAGGAAUGCCCUUCACACUUCUACCCUGAAGACAAGCACUGCUUUCCCUGCCAUGCUGACUGCAAGGACUGCAAUGGGCCACAUUCUGAUGACUGCACAGCAUGCACUUUCAGCUGGUUUAUCCUCUACAAUGGCAUAUGUUUUGAAGACUGCCCUGAGGGGAGUUACUAUGAAGAAGCCACCAAAGACUGCCAAGCAUGCAACAGGACAUGCCAGACUUGUUCUUCCACUGCCUGCCUAACUUGCAGAAAUGGAUGGAUAUUGGACCAUAAUGGGCACUGCACGUUGACUGGGUACUGCCCUCCCACUGAGUACUACACUGAGGAAACUCAGACCUGCAAAUCUUGCCACAAGAAGUGCUUCCAGUGCUCAGGACCCACGGAACAUCAGUGUCUUAGCUGUGUAAAUAACCGAUAUCUUCUCAACAGAACCUGUGUUGAAACAUGUCCAGAUGGAUAUUAUGCUGACAGCAUGGAGAGGCAAUGUUCUGCAUGCCACAGCACCUGUGACACUUGCACUAGAAAACACAGCUCGCAGUGCCUUUCCUGCAAACUGGGUUGGUACAGACAAGGAAAAGGAUGUGUAAGCCAAUGUCCAGCAGGGUAUUUUGCACAAAAUUCCACUGGAUCAUGUGAGAGAUGCCACAAGAGUUGUAAGGAGUGUAUGGGGCCUCGACCCACAGAUUGUCGUUCCUGUAAUAUGUAUUUCUACCUGUUGCACUCCACGAACGAAUGUGUUAGCUCUUGUCCUCAGUACUACUAUGAAAACAAGGACAACAACAUCUGUGAGAGAUGCCACUCUUCCUGUUUAACUUGUGAAGGGAAGGAAGCAUUCAGCUGUACAUCUUGUGUAUGGAGUUACAGUUUAUUAAAUGGAAUGUGCAGCGCGGACUGUUUUGUAGGUGAAUACAAAGUCCAGGAGACACCAGGAGAAAAGGAGAACCAACUCAAGUGUGAGAGAUGUGACAGCUCAUGCACUGAGUGCAAGGGACCUGGUCCUCUCAACUGCACAGUGUGUCCAGUCAGCAUGCAGCUCUUCCUGGAGGAAAGCCGCUGCCUGCCCUGCUGCAGCAACACUGAUCCAGCAGAAACCCCAGAGUGCUGUGACUGCAACGCAACACAAGAUGACUGUGUAUUACAGACAACUCUACCCCCUGGGCAAAAAAGCAAAACUACUUUCUUUGUUAUCACUUGCAUUUUGCUUCUGCUUGUCAUUGGAGCCAUUGUAUUCAUCUGGAGAAAGGCACAAACCAAAACCCAGCCUGUCAAUAAAGGACGGUAUGAGAAGCUGGCAAAUCACUCCAAAAACUUUCCUUCCUCUGUGAGCAGCUACCACAAGAAUCCCAGUCAUCACGAGGAUCAAGUGAUUGAAUACAGAGAUAGAGAUUAUGAUGAUGAUGAUGAAGAUGACAUUGUAUACAUGGGCAAGGAUGGCACAAUUUAUCACAAAUUUAAAUAUGGACUUUUGGAUGAUGACGAGGAAGAUGAGCUAGAAUAUGAUGAUGAAAGUUACUCCUUUAGAUAACUUUUUAUGAAUUAACUAAUAGUAAAUUACUCCCACUCUACUGUUUUUCCUAUGAAAUUAUAGCUAUUUAGGUAAUAUGUUUAGUUACUUGAUAGCAUCCUGACAUCCAAAUA